AUGAAGCUUUCCCUCACUCUUGCCCUCGCCAGCCUCGGCGCCGCGCUGCCCCUCGAGGAACGCGGACCAAGUGUUGUCGUCGGUUAUCGAACCGUCAGCGCGGCUCAAGCCAAGAUCUACAAGGACGCCGGCAACACACUCGUCUGGACCCAGUCGCAGAGCUCCGACCAGCUCGGCCCGGGCGUGUACAUCAGCCCCAACCUUGGCGAUUGGCCUGCCACCCCCAGCGACUGGUACUGCGUCAUCCUCGCCGACUCGACGCCCUGGAACCCGACCAACAAGGCAUGGGUCCCCGAGAGGCACAAUGGCAAGGCGCUGUGGUGGAAUGCAGGGGUCGCGGGCAUGCCCUCGGUUUCUGUCGCCGUAUUACCAAGUUUGCUAACGACUCGUGAACAAAAAAAAGCUGCGAAUAGAGCCGCGUAUCUCAGGGAGAUUGGUGGCUCCAACUUCAGGCCAGACAACACUGUACGCCUGAGCAUCAUCUCGGGAUUCAGGCUCUUGCAGCUCCUCAUUCCGCCCGAGUUGAUCAAGGACCCGAAUCACCUCAAGACUAGGACGCAGUGCGCUGCCAAGACGGACGAGGCCGGCGUCAGGGCCAUUGCGGCCUAUGGCCCUGUUGACUGGAGCAGGUGGCCGAAUGUCAAGGGCACCCCGCAGAGGCCUUGA